AUGUAUUCCAGAGAGUCUAUUGUUCAAGAUGCCUUAGAUGAGCUCCAGUCCAUCAGCCAAAAAUUGUCUGAUUUAUUCCCAUAUUGGGAACUUAAUCAUCUGCGGCAGUUGUUGGAAUGGGGGAGAUGGUUUUAUUUGUGGGGAAGAAAGUGGGGCGAUGAACAAGAUGUGCGCUGGGAAACUGCUGUGUGUACAGUGGAGGACACUCUUCACAGACAUUCCCUGGAAAUUCUGUUUCUUUGUCUCACGUUGAAGGAGAAAUUGCUGAGGGUUGAUGAUUCUGAUGAGAGAUGGGAUGCUGAUUCGGAGGGAUGGGAUGAUGUGCUUCAAGAUUUUCUUGGGAGAAUUAUUGAAUCGGUGCAACCAGGAAUUGAGGAAUUGGUCGGAAUGUUGGAGACAGAUCUCACAUUGCAAACAAGAUCUUCUUCUCGAACAGAUGUGAAGCAACUGCUGGACAGCGUCGACUUCAUUCUUCACAGUUUGCAGAGUCUUGAACAUCAGAGUCCCAACGCAAAUGAAACCGUAACGUUCAUGAAGAACUUCAUUCGCUUUGCUACGCUUCACGGACUUGAGGAUAGGCAGAUCAUCGGAGAUCUCUUGACUCACUUUGAACGUGUAUUUAUUCAAUCUGCAGUCCUACUUUUUGGUGUUUGCGUUCGACGUGGUUAUCUUUCAGCAGAUUCUCGUGGUGAACUUCUGAGAAAAAUUGAGCCAGUUGAGUCGCGUGUUUGUGAGAUUUAUGUUGGUGUCUUGCAAGAUGUUUCAAAGUUUUCAGGGUCCUCCUUCCAUCCCACUAAAGAAACUCAUUCAUUGGUGUUUAGAGACUUUGUGGAUUCUCUCAUUUUUCUGAUUUUGAACCUUUUCUUCCGUGAUGCCAUUUUUGUGGACAUGUUUCCCCACGAAAUGCAUAAAGUGCAUGAGGGACUCUCAUUCUUGAGAACCACUCUAUCAGAGCACCAUGACAAGCUUGAUGACCUCAUUAGACCUUUGAUUUGUGAGGCAGGCAUCCUAAUUUUUCAUCUCUAUCAAGAAAAUGGAGAACAAAGAGGAAGGUUGAUUGCAAAAUUAGAGCUCCUUUUUUCCAAUUUCGAGACAAAACUCCAAAUUCUCAAGGCUGCAGAAGAAGAUGCGCCAAGGUUUCCACCAACAUCAGCAUAUCCCCAAACAAACUUGUUGGGUUUUAUUGACUCUGUCUUGGAAAAAAUAAAGACAUUCGUGAUUCAAGUUUCUUCAGUAAAGGAUAAGUUCCAAGCCCUCCACGAUGAUCUUACAGUUUUAAGAUCUUUUGUAGUCCAUGAUAAUGGGAUGAAGAUCCAAGAUCUCUCGAGUCGCAUUGCAGCGGUAGCUUAUGACACGGAGUUUGUACUUGAUUCUUUGGUUGUUGCUGGUAAACCACUCCGGACGAGCCUUAUCGUGCAGCUUGAUGUUAUCAUAACAGAGAUUGAGCUUAUUAAGACUCAGGUCUCGGAGAUUCCUUGGAGUAUGGAGCCAACCAUUGCAGUUCAAAAGAUUAGUCAAGCUAACCUUAAGAUGGCACCAGCAGUUGGUAAGAUCCCAGAUUCCAAUGAGAGAGUGGUGGGCUUGGAUGACGAGGCAAAGAUCAUCAUCGAUAGACUCACUAGAGGGAAAAAACAGUUAGAUGUGGUUUCGAUUGUGGGCAUGGCCGGAUUAGGUAAAACUAGUUUGGCGAAGAAAGUUUAUCAUCAUUCCCGCAUCUCUCAUCACUUCCAGGUUCGCUCUUGGGUCACCGUGUCUCAAGAAUACAACACAAAAAGUUUGUUGAUUGGGAUUUUAAGCGGACUGGACCAAAAUUCAACUGGAGCGUAUAUAAAUAUGAGGGAAGAUGAUUUGGCUGAAUGGCUCCGUAAACGGUUGAAGGGAAUCAGGUAUCUUAUCAUCUUGGAUGAUAUUUGGGAUACUCAAGUAUGUAAUAGUUUGAAAAUGUCAUUCCCAGACGAUGAUAAGGGUAACAGAAUUCUUCUAACCAGUCGACAGGAGACUAUUGGUUUGGAAAUCAAUCCACACUCUGAACCUCACUGUCUUCGUGCACUAAAUGAUGAUGAGAGUUGGGAAUUAUUUCGGAAGAAGAUGUGCUAUGACCAAAGUUGUCCAUCGGAAGAAGUAAUUGCUCGUGCCAAGACAAUAGCAAAAUCCUGCAAGGGAUUGCCGCUGAUGAUUUUAAUUGUUGCAGGAGUUCUCGCUAAUACAGAGCCAAGUAAGUGGGAAGAAGUUGAAGAAAUGCUAAAAACAGUUUCUUUUACUUCAGAAAUAAUCAUCCCAUCGUCAAUUCUCAAUCUCUCAGAUUUGGAGACUUUGAUUGUUACUGGUGGUGACAGAGUUUUGUUGCCGGAUACUUUGUGGGGUAUGAAAAAAUUAAGGCAUCUGGAAGCUUGGGAGUGGGUAUUGCCAUCAGAGAUUCCCGUAGCCAAUUUGGAGAAUUUGCAGACUUUCUCGACUGUAAGAUUCACCUGCAGCCAAACGAUGGUGGGAGUAUUGAAGAAGUUACCAAAUCUCCGGACACUACGCUGUCGUCUCGAUCUGGAUGAAGGAGAGUGCACUGUGGAUUUCAUCACUUUGACUCAACUCGAACUUUUUUCACUCUGCAUCAUUACUUCUGGUGGGACGAACUUUUUUCAAUUUCGAUUUCCCCAGAAUCUAAAGGAACUAUCUGUGUAUUCAACUUGCCUUACAUGGAGUGAAGUUUCAGCUAUUGGAAGGCUACCAAAUCUUGAAGCUCUCCGAUUGGAUGGGAAUGAAAUCACGGCGGAAAAUUGGCUACUAAAUCUUGAAGCUCUCCGGUUGCAUGGGAAUGAAUACAAGGGGGAAAAUUGGGACAUUGAAGAAGAAGGCACAUUCCCCAAACUCAGAGUGUUGGAAUUAUACGACAUGACCAGUUUGGAGAGAUGGACAACGGCUUCGGAUGACGACUUCCCAUCUAUCGAGACAUUGAUACUCAAACGCUGCAAUCGCUUAAAGGAAAUCCCUUCUUGUAUAGCCCAAAGUUCAACGCUUCAGAUGAUUGAGGUCAGGAAUUGUCCACGUGUCUUUAAUUCGAUAAAGGAAAUUCAUGAAAUGCAGAUGGAUUAUGGAAAUGAAGAUCUACGGAUAUAUCUCGACAAAGAACAACUAACAAAAGAGUAA